ACUAGUGAGGCAGCAGCAGGGAGGAUGGGACCCGGAAGAGAAGUUGCCGCUGGGGUGAGUUACUUCCCCGUCCGCCCCUGGGAGGAGAGAGGCAGCCCGGUUACACCAUGUUUCAGUUUCUGCUUGGUUUUGCUCUCGGCAAUGUGGUUGGGAUGUAUCUGGCUCAGAAUUAUGAUAUUCCUGACCUUGCAAAGAAACUGGAAGAUAUUAAAAGAGAUGUGGAAGCUAAGAAGAAACCUCCCAGUGACAAAUCCUAAGUCACUGAUGUUGACCAGAUCAUCUCCACACAAAUUUCAAGGAUGUAAUUCCCAUUCAAGCUACCAAUUCCAAGUAGAAGUGGGGCUUUUGGGGAUUUCCUCCAUUUCCAGUCUCCCAGAACCUGGCUGUCCUUGAGCUGAAGUGCAAUCAUGAAUGUGCGGUGAGACCUAACAUCAGGAGUUUCAGGAAACCUGAUUCUGAGCUGAUGUGAUUGGAAAAGAAAGUUUGGAUUUUCUUGCUGUUACAUAAUAUUUUAUAAUCAAUUUUUAUAUGGCUCAGCUGGAGAUCACUGCAAAUCCUACAAUUAUCCCUACCUGAUGCUUUCUAAUAUUAAUUCUUAAGACGCCUCAAAAGAAAUUAAAACAUAUGUAUCCGGAAGUCACUUCUGAAGACUUUUUAUUCUGAGUUAUAUUACGUCAUUGUCCUUUCUUUAAUCCUCCUGUAUGAGACUGAAUCAUGGAUAAUUUCAGUCCCUGUGCUGGAGAUGGAAUGAGAGCUUUCUGAGUGUCCCUUGAAUUUACAUGAUUAGUUGUCUGUUUCCACUGUUGUAUAUUAUCUUGUUUUUGGCAGUGUUUUUCUUUGCACAAAGUGAGUGAAAACAUGAUUGACUCAAAAGACUACCAGCUUCAACCUACAUUUUACCUUCACUGGUUUUUCUUUCUCUGCUCUGUUCCAUUGCUUCACCCCAUUUCAUUUUCACUCCUUUCUCCUCCCCUUGGUCAUUUUGGGAGACAUACCUUAGGCUGGGGAUGAUGAAUCAGCAAUUGACUCAAAUUCACUUAGCCAUCUUCUAAAGAUGGUUAAACGUACAGCCCUUUUGCAUCCUCUCCUUACUGCCCUGAACAGGGCUCUUCCCCAGAUGAAGUAUUAGCACAUUGAAUGCACUAUUUGACACACCCGACCAGUCCCUCAACCCCCUGCAUUGCCUUCAGACCUUUUCUUUUGCAAUUGGACAGUAAUUUUAGUAUGUAUACAGGUUCAUCUUACCACCUCACUGAGCAUGCUCUGGCACUACUUAGCCUAGCGUGUUCCCCUUUACCUCCCUCAACCACAAUAUAUUAAAUGGAAAUGCAAACCCUUUAGUAUGAGGCAUUGAGCCAUGAUGUUACAAGUACUACACCCUUUGGCCUGAACUGUAAAUGAGACACAUCCUGUCAGGCAAAAAGAGAUGUAAGUUUAUUAGUUAACUAAUUAGUUUACUGUUCUCCAUUAAAAAAGCACCCAUCCUUUGCAUUUCCCUUUGCAUGCAUGGUUUUUAGAAGUACAUGUAUAAAUAAACAGACCCAUCAGGUACCCCUGGUCAGUAACCCUGCAGCAACAACUAUAACAAGAAUUAAUUAACUUCACAACACCUGUGUAAGAUGAGGGGGUGGAAUUAUCCCCAUUUUACAGGUGGCAAACUGAGGCAGAGAGAGAGAGUAAAGCUAAAAUUGUCAGAGGUUCCCCUAAGUUUGGGCAGCCAACUUGACACACACGGCUGGAUUUUUCAGAGUAUUUAGCAUUUUAUAGCACUGUAUAUGUUCAAAACACAACUCCAUUUGACUCUAGUUGCAGUUGGAGUGCUCAAUACUUCUGCAAACUGGGCCCCAGUGUUUCAGGUUGGGCACCCAGUAUAUGUGGAACAUACAAUCAGUGACCUAUAAUUAAAAGUUUGAUUCAAGUAACUUGCUCAGCAUCACACAGGAACCCCAGGGCAUAGGCAAGGAUAGCAUCCAGUUUUCUAGGGCAGCAUUCACCUAAAACCAUCCUUUAUUUUCCUGCAAUUCCCUGUCUCAGUCACUAUGCAUCUUCCAACUAUUGCAACAAAUGAGAGAGGGUUUCUGUGAAUAGCCACCUUCACUACAGAGCCCUUGUUCCUUAGCACCUCUAUACCCUCCAGUCCCCUCCCACUGCUAUCCACCUCAACAGCUCCUGUACCCCUCAACCUUUCCCCACCAUCCUUCAGGUUCUGCAACUGCCUUUUCUCCACCUGGCCCACUUUCCUCCCCCCCGCAUUCAAAUCAGGGUGCUUUUCUCCUGUUCCACGGUGCCAGCAGGAGGAGCACAGAGAACAGGAGGAACAAUUGCAGGGAAAUUCCUGCUCAGCCUUGAAUCCUGGGGCUGGAGCAUGCUCAGAGCAGUCAGAAACUUACGAGCAUUUAACUGCCAAACUUAUUCAUCUGAGACCGUACAGAGGCUUAUAACUUAAUCAAAUUUGUGCACAUUUUUACAGGAAUGGCAAAAGGCACAUCCCUGAACCAAAGGCCACCUCCCUGACCAAUUUCAAAUCCAGGCUCCAAAAAACAGGGGUUCUACAGUUUCUCAACCAAAUAGUUGUGCGUAUUUUUUAUUUUUUUUAAACGUGGGCAAAAUUUAUUUCCUUCUAAUCUCAUUCUUGGAAAUGGCCAGGCCAUUUUAGCUGAAAUUUUCCAGAAAAGUUGACUCUGAGUCAAACACCUGGCAUGGAAAAUUUCAGAUUGAAGAAUUAAAGUUUGGCAAAGUUAUAAAUGACUGAAAACAGAAUCUUAUCGUGCAACCCUAGUAACAGAUGGCACCAUUCCCAUCUAUAAGAAUAAACAAAGUUUAUAUUAGACAUUCCUACCAGCCAUUUAAAAUGAUAACACUGUUUGCUGGUGAUUACCAGUAAGCAUCAUGGUAGUAGUGGGUCUUGAGAAGGAGAAAUCGCAUCAAUGUUGAUGGGAAUUCCCUAGGAAAACACAGCUAUGCCAAACCACUAUUGAGCACAGACCAUUCUUUGAGAGAGACUCACACUGGGUAAUCCAAAAUCUAUUCAAGUCAAUCUUGCACUCUGUAUUCAUGCACUUUUCUCCUGAGUAAUGAGUAUAGAACUGGACCCAUGCUGUCUAACUUUUUUAAAAGCCCCUUUUGCAAAUGUGAUGAAUUUGGUAAUAAACAAUCUGAGGGAAGUUAUUUUUCUUCCUUUCUCCAGAACUUUAGAGCCAAAAUUUUGACAUACUGUACUUAAAACCACUCAGAUUUCUUUAGGUACCACCUAUAAUUAUUUGAACACUUAUUGUGAAUUUAGUUUUUUUCCCAAGGAGUAUAUUAUGCUCUUCCUGCACAUCACACAGCGAUGAGGAGGGAAUGGGUAUUUAAGGUUUCUCUAUAAUUUUUGACCAUAGAAGCUGCUUUAGCAUGAAUGGUGCAAUUUAUAUCUCAAAUGUUCAUCUGACAAUUCACAGCAGAUGUCAGGAAAUUUUCGAUCCACCUCUAAAGUUUUUCAAAUAGAGAGAACCAGGCACAUCUGUGGUGCUAUAGAAACAAUACAAAAGUAUUAAUAAUAAGGGUUUACGUUUUUAAGUGUUCUACAAAGUUUGCAACACCUUGCAUGUUAGCCCCAAAUUAUUUUUCUUCCACCUGGAAAACUGGAGAGCUCAAUUACAUUUUAGAAGGCAAUAAUGCUUGAAAAUUUCACAAACCCUCUACAAUAAAUUGCAUUAAACAGAAUAGUUAGCCAUGGGCUACACUAGAUUAUACUGAGGUACAACCCACAGUUACACAUCCAACUGGCAGAAAUUCUAUUUGACAUAAAGAGUGUAUGAUGCAUAGUACCUGCAACUACAGUAGGGUUCAGAAUUGUUUUGGCCGCAGAGGUGUUAUAGCCGGUCAGACACAGUUUAGACUAAUUGAGAGCAUCUUUGAGGCAUCAUCUGGCAGCAGGUUUCCCAUUUCACUCAGGAACCAGGGCAAUGAGCACAUGAAUGAUACUGCAGUAAAUAGCUGAAUCACCAACCAGACUCUAAAACUACCCUUCCCUUGCAAAAGCACCUAGGAUGAACUGGGGUGUAACUACUAGCUCCAUGUUUUAGGGCUGAAUCCUUCAUGGGGGCACAGCAAUGGGAGAGAACAGAGCACAGUCUGUUUCAAAGUCUGGGGAAGGAAGAUAUGGAAUGCUACCACAGAAAGGCUGCAUUACAGAUGUUUAAAUAACAAAAAUAGAGCCCUUACCUACAACAUCACAGAAUGCUUCAAACCAAAAAGCUAUCAAUGUACCUCAAGGUUAGCAUUUCCUCUGACCAACUUCUCACCCAACCACAUGCUGCUAGAGUAACCGGGCUGGUUGUCUGUUGGCUGUUAUAGCUAUCCCAGAAUACCUUGCUAUGGAAAACUGCUGAGGCAGCCUGCUGCACCCAAUACACAGGUGCUCCUGUGUUACUUCAUGCGCCUCAUUCAGAUCAGGCAGCGCCAAACAGACUCCUGCAGAAUCCUCAUUUAUACAAAUGAAGGCAAGAACUCAAUAUUCUGGUUGUUUUGAUAUUCUUCUGCUUAGAGUCUCUCAUUCCCUCUCCCCUUUCACUUCUCUUCGCUAACCCUUUUCUGCCCUGCCCCCAACAGACCCUAAUGAUGGAGGUCUUCAUUCUAGUUAAAGAAGGCUGAACAUGGUUUUCUGGGGGCCAUCUUAGCACAACUUUGAGGACUGAUGAAUUUUGAUGGGAGGCAAUCCCUGCUGGCCUAGUAGCAAAGGACCUUUUCUCUGUGUAUUAAAUGACAUCAUGUCAAAUCCUGGCCCAAAGGAAGUCAAUGGUAACACUCUAAUUGCUUUCUAUGGGGCCUUAGACUUCCCUCUCCUGGCGCAUUGUCAGUCACGCCUCCCAACAGGUUCAUGUUGACCUCUCCACAUCUGCUUUUUUUAGGGGGCACUGUGAUAUAUUCUGUGCUGGCUUGGGGGCAUAGGUCGUACCAGCUUUGGAUCACUAUAGCCAAGAUUCAUAAAGAUACUUAGGCCCCUACCUCCCUUUGUGCUACUGGGCCUAUACUGUUCAACCGGCCAUGGAGCACACACAGGACAAAGACACAAAUCAGUGCCAUAUGUUCAAGUGAUGUGGGAUUAAUUUCAUUAACAUAAAUUACAUUUUGUAGAAAUAUGUUUAGGCCUUGCCAUUUCUGCAUAGAGUAAAUAUUACUGCUGUGUGAUGGCGUUAUUUUUGUUUCUUAGAAACCGGUGCCUCAUGCAAUGAGGUAGGCAGUUAAACAGUGGAGAGACAAAUUCCCCUAUACGGCUCUUUUUACGUCUUUCUCUGGGGGACUGAAAAAAAUAGCUAUUUUGUCAGUGGUGUCUGCUAACCUUUAUGGAUUCCCAAGAGGUGGGUUCUAUUUAUUGAAUACGUAGCAAUAUAAGAUAACAGAUGUUAUUCAUUACUUCUCUUGAAAUAUGCAUUAAAAUUUAAAUGAUCA